AUGGACUCUCCUCUGAUGGAGCCCCUCCUAGUGCCCAAGGACCACGCUCCGGUUGUCGCCGCCACGCCGGGCGAGCACGGCGGUGCUGCGGCCGACGAGAGCAGCACCGUCGUGGUCACUACGAGUGGCCCGGCCAGGGCACUCGCCGACGCCGAAGAGAAGACAAACGACGACGGAGACGUACAAGGGGACGAGCUGUCCGCGUCCGUGCAGCGCCGGUUGGACGAGAGCAGCGGCGUGGAGAAGGAGGAUGAAGAGGAGGAGGAGAUUGGUGACGACGCGGAGGCCGACGACAUGGCGGCGCGCAUGGGACGCCGGCUGGCGGCGCUGUCCGGGAAGGCGCACGAGAGCGAGCCGUUAACCAUCUUCCGCGUGGCGGGGCCCAUGCGCGAGCGCAACCGGCACCUCUACGACCCGCAGAUGAUCUCCAUCGGGCCCUUCCACCGCGGCGGCGGGCGGCACCUCGCGGCCAUGGAGGCGCACAAGUGGCGGUACCUCCGCGACAUCCUGGCCCGCCCCGGCGGCGCGACGCUGGCCACGUACGCCCGCGCGGCGCGCGCGAUGGAGGCCCGCGCGCGCCGCCGGUACGCGGAGCCCGUGGCGCUGCCCGCCGCCGAGUUCGCCGAGAUGCUCCUCCUGGACGGCUGCUUCGUCGUGGAGUUCUUCCUCAAGGGCCAGGAGAGCGAGGAGGACGCGCUCAUCGACGCGACGUGGGCGAUGCAGAACGUGUACAACGACAUCCUGCUGCUCGAGAACCAGCUCCCCUUCUUCGUCCUCGAGCGCUUCUAUGAUCUCGCCACGGGCGGGCUCGGCCGGGACUACUUCGUCACCAACGUCCUCGUCAACUACCUCACCGUCAACAUGAGCGCCGGCCCGCGGGACCCCGAGAGCACGCGGCCCCCCGACGGCGAGAUCCACCACCUGCUGCACCUCUACUACCACUGGUUCCUGCCGCCGGAGGACCGGCUCGGGAGCGGGAGCGGCGCUACCAGCAAGAGCGAGGACGAGGCGCUGGAGGAGAUGACGUCCAAGUCCAUGGACGACGACGAGCGCACGCCGUGUCUGCUGCCGCCGGCGUCGGAGCUGCAGGACUCCGGGGUGACGUUCCGCGCCAAGAAGUCGCCGCGGAGCAUGGUGGACGUGACGUUCGACCGGCGCGGCGGCACGCUGGAGAUCCCGGCCGUGGAGAGCUACACGAACCACGCCAUCUUCGCAAACCUGCUGGCGUACGAGCAGAGCCGGGGCCGGUGGGAGCUGCAGCGGCUGGUGAGCUACGUGCUGCUGAUGGCGUCCGUGGUGGACGCGCGGCGCGACGUGGAGAUCCUGCAGCGGGCCGGCGUGUUCGUGGGCGGGGACGAGGAGACGGCGGCGUUCUACGCGCACCUGGGCGAGCUGUGCCCGCCGCCCGACUUCGUCAACAACUACUACGCCGGCCUGUUCCGCGACGUCCGGGAGUACUGCGGCCGCAGCUGGAACCGCCACCGCGCCGUGCUGGUGCACGACUACUUCAGCAACCCGUGGACCUGCAUGUCCGCCGCCGCCGCCGUCUUCCUGCUCGUCCUCACCGUCGUGCAGACGAUCUACACCGUGCUGCCAUACUACAGCCCGAAUUAA